AAAAUCAAAGUUACGAGGGCCCUGAAAGGCAACACCAGCUGAGUUUGAGGCUGGGAGAUGAUGUGCUACGGCUGCUACUGACGAUAAACACACACACCCCCUGCGGACUGACGGAGGAAGGAGGAUGUAGGCUUCUAAACCACAAUACACUCCGUUAGAAAGGUGCAUAACGGCGUUCUUAAGGUAAAGUCUGUCAUGAGUUUAAAGACCAGCGACUCUGUAAACUCAAAAACAUUUGUUAGCGUAAUACAUUUGAACAUGCUAGCGUCAGUGUUAGCUCUUUUUCACAGCAGCUAGCACCUGUGUGGGCUACAAGUCCUGUACACUGAGGCUCGGUGAAGGCAGUGCCAGCUCGAAUUUGUCAAUAACCCAUGGUCAAUGGCUUUUUAACUUGCUGUUGAAUAGUGUUAGAGCCUGUUUAGUGCGAAAUGUCGAAAGAUGUAAUAUUGCAGACCACCGGCGUUUGUCCAUUCAGUUAGCUACUUAAGCUAGAAAUGCUCACAACACCGCUUCAGCAUAGGGUUACCCUGCCUGAGUUGUAUUGCUGCACGCUGUGGUACUAUUGUGGCCUGCCUUGCACACUCACUCGUAGUACCGGUGCAUUAUGAGUGAUCACUAUGUAAAAGUCAAGGUGCAACUUGAGCAAAUGAAAACACUGGGCGGGAAUGGAGGAAAGGAUGGUAAUGGGGAGGAUGCUGAGGAGCAGCAGCUGGCUGUGUCGUCGUCUUCCCCUGCUUCAGUUUCACCAGACCCAUCCAGCACCACCAUAUUUGACAAAGAUGAACCCGGGGACUCCAUCACUUCCAAACACAAAGGCAAAGUUCAUAGUAGACAGGGGAAAGAUGACAAAAACUCUUCCAAUAAACCCCCCGACCUGUCAUCACAUGGACCUGUGUCUGUGAAGAACCAGAACAGACUGGAGCAUGGACGGACCCUUCACAUCAGAGGAACCGGGAAGAUACUGCAGGCCAAGUCCCAGACUAAUAGGGACUAUGUGACCAUCUGUGAUGAUGGAUUCAAAGUGACGAGAAAGAGAAGACCAGUGACAGUGGAUACAUCCAAAGCCAAAACCUCUUUGGAGGCCCUGAAGAUCAGCAUUAAACUGUUGAAGUGGAAAGAGUUCCCUCUGGGGAGAAGAGCGCCCUGUGACAUUUACUGGCACGGUGUCUCCUUCCACGAUAGUGAAAACAUUGUCUCAGGACAGGUGAACAAGUUCCCAGGAAUGAUCGAAAUGCUGAGGAAAAUCAAUCUUAGUCGUGCAAUGAGGACAGUGCAGGAGUUGUUCCCUGAGGAAUAUGACUUCUAUCCACGCUCUUGGAUCCUGCCUGAGGAGUACCAGCAGUUCUCCACUCAGAGUCGCAUGACAAAGGAGAAAGAUCCCUCUGCGAAUCACACCUUUAUUGUGAAGCCUGAUGGUGGUUCUCAAGGGGGCAGGGCGGGUCCGCAGGCCAAACAAGGUGUAGUCCAGGAGUACAUCCAGAAACCAUUACUCAUAGACAAGCUGAAGUUUGACAUCCGCCUCUACGUCCUCAUCAAAUCACUGGAGCCAUUGGAGAUCUACAUUGCCAAGGAAGGUCUCACACGGUUUUGCACAGAGCCUUACCAGGAGCCAAGCCAGAAGAAUCUCAGCCACGUCUUUAUGCACCUGACAAAUUACUCCCUCAAUGUCCACAGUGGGAACUUCAUCCACUCAGACAGCCAAAACACAGGGAGUAAGCGCACACUCUCCAGCGUCCUCUACAGGCUGGCAGUCAAAGGAGUGGACAUCAAAAAGGUGUGGUCGGACAUCAUCGCCCUCGUCAUCAAAACCGUCAUUGCCGUGAUGCCUGAACUUAAAGUCUAUUACCAGGCGGAAAUUCCACCUGGUAAACCAGGACCCACUUGUUUCCAGAUAUUAGGAUUUGACAUCCUGCUGAUGAAGAACCUGAAGCCAAUUUUGCUGGAGGUGAACUCCAGCCCCAGUAUGAGAAUUGAACAUGAAAAAGAGAUUACACCAGGGGUGUUUGAAUAUGUGCCCAGUCCGGUGGACGAAGAGGUGAAGGUUGGUGUGAUCAGGGACACUCUGAGACUGAUGGAUCCCAGCCGCAAGAAACAAUCCCAAACAAAAGCAGGGGGCUGUGAACAGAAGGAGGAGAUUCCCAAAGAGGGGGAGAAACUUGAGAGGAGUUUGGAUGAAGGCACUCUGCCCUCACUGUGUCUGAAGCAGGUUUACCCCAAAUACAGCAAACAGUUCAACUACCUCCGGCUGCUGGAGCGGAUCGCCUCUCUGUUCCUUCGAUUCCUGGGAGUCAAGGGCAACAUGCGCCUGGGCCCCACUGCCUUUCGCAUGUUUAUCAGGACGUGUAAACUCAGCAGCAGUUACUUCACCAUGGCUUCAGUGGACAUCCUGUACAUCGACAUUACACGCCGCUGGUCAGGGAUGACGCCUGACUCCAGAGAAGCAGGGAUGGGACUCCAGGCGUUUGUCAAAGCCUUUUUCCACCUGGCAGCUCGCCGGUUUAAGUCCCUGGUGCUGAAGGAGCAGGUAGUGUCACUGCUGGCUCUGUGCGAGGCUCAGCUGGAAUCUCAGUCUGCCGUUGAAGACAGACGCUCGGUGAGCUGCAGCAGAGCUCUUCCUCGCACGGUAAAGACGCAGACGCUGGGCCUCACCAACACUCAGCUCGGCUCCCCCGCUCCCCUUCGACGUGCUUCCAGUCAGGAAUACCGUCUGCAUCACAAACUCAAGCCACGCUCGCUCAGGGCCAACGUGGAGAACUGAUGAGACUCAGCUCAUCAUCAAACUCUCUCUCAUACACACACACACACACACACACUGCCUUUGGCCUUCUAAAUGGGAGCAGGAAAAUUAGGUGUCCAUCCCAUGUCAGCCGCUCCCUCAAGGGUGAAAUGAUGGGAGCUGAGAAAACAGCUCACGUGGCCCCUGCUGGCUGAUGUUCAGAACUCUUUCAAAGCCUGAUUGCUUUUUUUUCUCCAGAGGAACUUGUCUGCAGGAGUUGUUGUUGCUUUGGGAGCAGAGGGAUGAGAGUAAGACGUUGGUCAUAGACGAGCAGUGCGGUCAAGUCAGGACGAUGAUGUGGCUGCUCUACACCACCUCAGCCGUUCUACAGGGCAGCUAUCAGCUUCACCUUUGUGUGACUCUAGGACAGGUAGGAUUGACCUCACAUUCUCACUGUUCUACAGUUACACUGGUUGGCCUCAGUUAGUGUGAGUUGUUUUAUUUCUCAUGUGAACAUUUACGCAAACCAUUAUAUUUGCACUGAAACAGAUGUGAUUGUGACCGAGUAUAUGUGUGGGAGUAGUGUGUGUGUGUGUGUGUGUUAGGCUGUAUUUAUUUGUGUAAAAGCCAUUUUAUAGCCAAGAGCUCAGCUGUGAAUCUCAACUCCAUGAGCCCAUUAGGGAUGACUUAAGUAAAUAAGUAUUUAGAGGGAAAAAAAGGCCGAUGUCACCACUUAUCCUCUUCAGGCUGUGCAGAUAAGAUCCCUACAGGGUGACAACCUUGUCCUCACACAGCUAUAUAAAUGUAUGUAUGUACAAAUAUAUAUACAUAAUUAAAUAUGUAUCUAUGUAUGUGUAUACAUAUAUUUAUAUAUAUUUGUAUAUAUAUGUAUGUACAGAUGUAUAUACACACACAUACUGAAAUAUUCAUUGCAUUAUGAAAACUAAUCCAAUAUGUGAGGAAUGAAGUCACUGCAAAAAAUAAAACUCUGCUGUUUAAGCCAAAGCCACUGGUGGUGAUGUGGAUUUUUUGUUUUCUUUUUUUUUUUAAUUUUUUUGAUAGAAAGUUUUUUAAGCACAAUGAAGCAAGGUUAAAAUUCAGAGCAGAAGAAACGAAGCCUGCUGUGCUACUGCAAACGUUGCGUGAUUUCUCCUCUGAUGAAUUGGAAAAGUUUUGUCAUUAAAUUAUGGAGAUUGAUGUAAUGUCAGUGUCAGGUAGAUUCUGGAUGUGUACACUAGUGUAUAACUUGAAGCAGUACCACCGUAAAUCGUGGGGGCAGUGUUGUGCAGUAUUGUGUAAGAAUCUAACGUUGUACCGUUAGAUACUGUUUGUCUAGUUGUUGUUUAUGUCGCGUGUGGGGGCAGUGACAUUUUAGCGACAGAUUUGGUUUUAGGCUUUAAUCUAAUACUAAAUCCUGGUCUAAUCACCCGUUGACUCAGUGUGCACCUGCGGAAUAGUAAUAUUUUCCAAACCAUGUCCACACAAAUACACGUACACACACACACUUGUCAAAAAAGGACACAGAAGGACAAGAGUAUAAAAUAGCUAAAUAAAACUUUAAUAGGUCUAGUUGCGAAUGUACAUAAAUUGCACAGCCACAUUUUUUUAACACAAAUUUCUCUGUACAUUAUUGUUUUUGUCACUGUUGUUAAAGGAAGCGGAAACCAGCAAAUACUUUAUACUUUGAACAUACUUACAAAAGUACUUUCUACAAGAUAAUAGAAAACAUACAACAUCUCUUACUUUAUUUAUAGCUUUAUACUUUUGAUAGAUAUUUGUAGCUGUA